CCCAGUGCGUCAACCCCGCCAUGAGUAACUUACAGCUAGUGAUGGACCAUGUAACCAACAGAAAAUGAUGCAUUGAAACACGGCCAGCUGGGUUGCUUGAUUCGUAUCGCGUUUUAAUAGAACAGUCAAGCGAGAUCUGUUAGUCCAGAAUGGGAAGUGAUGCCCUUCCUCUCAAACAGGCUUCUCAGGUUUACCCAGACGUCGUCGUUUUAACUGUCUGCGCUUUGGAAAGGGAGAUACACUCCUCCUGCUCCUCUAGCACAUCGUGGCUCGUGUCCUGGCACGUUCAGUGAACAAAGGGAAACUGACAUGAGGCUUCAGGGAAAGUGGAACAUAAAGCAAAGUCACAUAUUAUUUAAGUCGAGGCUGUUGAGAUGCGGUUGCGUGUGUGUUUCUUUCUUUCUUUCCUUUUCAAAGAGGCCAUAAAAAGCUCUUACGGCCGCGUGAGCAAAUGAUGACAGACUGAUGCAAGACAAGUCUUUUGUUGUAGUAGCCUAUUUCUUUUGCGAAGCUUCCCAGAUGGUCCAGUAGGAGGCGCGGGAUGGCUUGUGUUGCUGAGGAACACAUGGAGAAUGAAUAACAAGGACCAGAGAUGUUCUGAAUGAAAGAAGGAUCUGGCAGCCUUUCGAUAACAAUGCUGGAGAACUUGAGCGAAGCCCACAUUGAUCGACCCGCCCCUAGAUCAUCUACAUUCAGCUUCUCUGCUCUGUUUGCCCUGCCACACCACCUUCACAUGGAUGGGAGCAGUCAUCCAUUCCGGAGGACUCUGUACCGGUUGAAGUUGGUAAGUUCUCCAAAUCUGAGUCAGCUGGGGAAAAAUGAAAAGGCUUCACUGGAGGAGAGAGGAUCAGGCCCUAAUGCCACAUGGAACAGCAUUCACAACGCAGUUAUUGCUGUAUUCCAAAAGAAAGGACUGGCGGACAAUGAACUCUAUACACUCAAUGAAGGUGUGAGGCAGCUAUUGAAAACUGAGUUGGGAUCAUUCUUUACAGAAUACCUCCAGAAUCAGCUUUUAACUAAAGGCAUGGUCAUUUUACGGGACAAAAUAAGGUUUUAUGAAGGUCAGAAGUUACUGGACUCUUUGGCUGAGACGUGGGACUUCUUCUUUUGUGAUGUUCUCACCAUGCUUCAAGCCAUCUUCCACCCCGUCCAGGGGAAGGAGCCAUCGGUGCGUCAGCUGGCCCUGCUGCACUUCCGAAACACCAUCACCCUUAACAUGAAGCUGGAGGAGGCUAUGUCCAGACCGCGAGCCCGCGUCCCUCCCUCCAUCGUCCAGAUGCUUUUGGUGUUACAGGGGGUUCAUGAAUCCAAAGGUGUGAGUGAAGAAUACCUGAAGCUGGAGUCUCUCAUUCAGAAGGUGGUGUCGCCGUACCUGGGCACGCAGGGACUGUGUUCACAUGAGUGUGGCGCUUCUCAGUGCUCCUGUGUUAUCGAGAGGCGUUUGCAGUAUUGCUGGUCCAAGUCUGCAGACCUGCCCUCCAGUAAUCCAGUAGUGCGCUCCAAGAGUUACAACAUCCCCAUGCUGACCCCUGUGGCCGAGUACGACUCUGAAGUGAGCUCUGUAGGCAGCGUCGGCAUCCGGCGUCACUCUGCGUGUGACGUCACUUCCUGCAUAGAGCCCCAGGGCUAUUCGGCCCUGUCUGUGGGAAUAGAGACCAGCUCAACCCCCAGACUCUCACUCGAUCACGACCUCACCCUGUCCGGUGUGAUGCGAGGGGCCACGGGACAGCCCGCUCUGAUUUCUCCGCCCGUCUUCAUCCACACCUCCGUAGGGUGUCUGCAUGCAGCGGACGCCCCGAUGGCUUCAUCCAAGGUGGACAAGGCCCUUUCGUCACCCCCGAGCUGCUCCUCCAGUCCGGAGACGAUUGUAAUGCAGGGGCUGGACUCACUGGAAUCAGAUCCUGACGGAAUCUUCAUCGACUUUUCCCACUGCCGCUCCGAUUCUUUCGGAACGAGCAGGAAAACUAGCUGAUGGAAUCAAUUGCUGUGAAGAAUCCAUUUCAGAUGUUUCAGAUUAUAAACUACCACUAUUUUCUGUGAACUUGUGAAGUAGUUAUGUACGUUGUGAUUUUUAAAACUGGAAUUUCAUUCCUGCUUUGCGCAAAAGCCAAGGCUGCUUUGUGGGAAAAAUGGGAGAAUACUCAAUUUAAAGUGAUUGUUUUCAUAAUGUUCUAAACCUGUGGAUGAAUUUUUGAAUUUUUCUAGUUUUUCAUAGACAAUAGACGUGGAAUGUCUCCAUUUUAAUUAAUACACAUUUUACUGUCUCUCAUUUAUAGAAGCUUAUUUCCGCAAUGGAAUAAAAAAAAUUAAAAAGGGUGAUUGUGGCUUUUUAUCUCGCAAUUUAGAGUUUAUAUCUCACAAUUAAGACUUGUCUUAGAACUGCUAGAUUGCAAGAAAAAAAGUCACAAUUACAUUUUGUUUUUG